UUAAAUGCACGUCUGUACAACACUGGCCAACAGCUGUUUACUAAAACCAAAGAGAAGAAGAAGAACAUAGGUUAUGAAAACACGAGCCGCUCCAAAAUGUUGAGAAAAUCGCUUGCCAACCUACCCCGCUUUGGACAGAUGUGCGGUUUACCGCGACGUCUGCAGAGCACACAACCAGAGCAGUCGGUGGAAACGGAACCGGAGGACAUCGCCCUGGUGGAACAGCGGAUUCUGAAGCACCCGGACUACUUCCAAGUGCACAACCUGUUCACCGUGCGCGACCUCUUCAAUGCCCGAGUGCACUAUGGCCACAAGGAGGGGUCCCUGGACGACCGAAUGCGUCCGUACUUGUUCGGCAGUCGGCUUGGCCACCUGAUCUUCGAUCUGGACAAGACGGCGUCCCAUCUGCGCGAUGCCCUUAACUUUGCCGCACACAUCGCCUUCCGGGAUGGCAUCAUUCUGUUCUUCAACCGCAACGCCAUGAACUCACAUCUUGUGGAGCGAAAGGCCCAGGAGGCCGGUGAAUUCUCACACACUCGCUUCUGGCGCGGCGGCAUCUUCACCAAUGCCAAUGUGCAAUUCGAUGCGGUCACGCGACUGCCUGAUCUUUGCAUUUUCCUCAACACCCAGAACAACGUUAUGGCUCAGCACACGGCAGUUCGUGACGCCGCCAAAAUGGCCAUACCAACGAUUGGCAUAGUGGACAGCAACUGCAAUCCCAACCUGAUCACCUAUCCAGUGCCCGGCAAUGAUGAUUCGCCGGCCGCAGUGGAGCUCUAUUGCAACCUCUUCAAGGAGGCCAUCCUGCGUGGCAAGCGGGAACGACGCCAACUGCUUGGCCUACCGCCUCUGGACGAAUCCCAUCCGCGCCGCAGUCGUAAAACCAAGUAAUAGUCAUAGUAUUGUCAAGUUGAUUUUGUUACAUUUAUCUGAAUACAAAUGCGGAUGUCCGUCGAUCCAGGAUGAUGAAGAAA